GUUUAUUCAACUUUUAUUGAUCGAUGAACGCAAUCAUCGAUUAAAAAGUAUACUUCCAUUUCAUCAAAGAACCAGUCCAGCAAAGUUGGAAGAGUGGUGCAGUCGGGUUUGUAAUGGGGUAAAUACAGACAUGAACUUCCUUACGAAUUCCGUGUUUCCUUCGAGUCAUUGAUAUCAAUAUAAAACCGCUCAAAACCUUGGUCCAAUAAAGGUUUUGGCUAUUGUUACUCUACCUACUAUGCGAGCAAAUACAACAUCGAUAUUAGGUGUCUUCUCUGUCGCAGGGUUGAUUACAGUAGGCGUAAAAAACAAAGAUCUCCCCAAGAGAAGACAAAGACACAAGGAUACAUCAACUCAGGAAUUGUAAAAAGUCAUUAUACUAACUUUCUAAAAUGACACUCCAUGAAAUGGACAAAUCCCUAUGAAAGGUCAUUAUAUGGUCACGGAUAAUGCACCCAUUCACAUGCAGGAACGGAAGUACUGGGCCAAUCAUCUUUCAUUGAGCUGCCAUGACCUAGACUGCCAUUUUUUUUUGUGUGUGUGCGUGUCUUUCUUCGCUUUUCGCUUUUCGCUUUUUUUUUUCAAGUUGCUCCCUACGCAUCACUGCUAUUUCUCGUUCCUGCUUUGUUUUCUCACCUGCUUAGGCAAGUUCAUUCAAUCGUUACGGAGAAGAGUCGGAACGGAGCUCUGCCUGUCGUCGAAGCAAGAAGAAAAACGAUGACGCGAUUAUAAGUGUCAACUUUAGCGGUCGACCGUCUCCAGGCAAGGAGACAGCCACAGAAGACCUAUAUACAUUGUCCUUGCCGGUCGUACCAGGAAGCGAUGCUUGCAGUAAAGCUUUGCUCCGAACGGACGAAAUGAAAGACAUCGUAAUCAGCUCCAUUGUCGGUGCUGGUGUGUGACGGUUCAGCUUACCACAACAGGCCAACCGAGUACAACAACAACAGAAAGUCGGGUAUAACAUACUAUCCUAAUGACACGGCCAAAAAUCUUGCGCCAGUCAUAGUCCAAAUCCAAAAAAAGGUGUCGCAUGCGUUCAUCGUAUGAUCAAUGCGGUCUUCCUUAAACGUAUUCGAUCA